CCACCUGCCGUAAAACCAAAGAAGAAGAAGAAGCCCUGCAGCGGAAGUAAACAGUACAGGCACUAUCAGCGUUAGCUCAGCUCUCUGGAUGUAUGAAACUAGCCGGGAGACGAUGUUGUAGUCGUGGCGUAGAUGAAUAUUUGACUUGUAGCAACAAUGUCUUCGGUUGAGUGUUUGAGAGAGUUUGUCAACGAGCGACUAAAUGCUGCUGCUGAAGAAAUAUUCGGAGUUUUUCAGAAAGUUGUCGUCGAGUACGAGACAGAGAUCGACCGGCAGCGCAGACUGCUGGAUGUCGUUUGGAAACCCGAAAUAAAGUUACACAGGAUAGAGCUCCCACAGCAACAUGUCUGUAAGGAGGAGGAGGUUCUCUCUGACCAGCAGCUCUGUAGUCAGGAGAGGAACUCCAGUCUGCACCAAGAGGACCCAGAGCCUCCACAGAUUAAAGAGGAGCAGGAGGAACUCUGCACCAGUCAGGAGGGAGAGCAGCUUGUACUGAAGCAGGAGACUGAUCCCUUUAUGUUGACUCCUACUGAUGAGGAAAGUGACCACCAGCUCCUCUCUCUCAACUAUCAUGUAGCUGAGAGCCAAGAUCAGAAAGGAGGCAAGAAUGGAGACUCAGGCUCAACUAGAAAUGCAGAGCCACAUCAACAGAAUCAACAUCACGAAAGCACAAGUCACAGUAACAAUGUCGACAACCCUAACCUGCCAGUGAUGCACUGUGAUACUCACACAGGUAAACAGCCUUUCAAAUGUGACACAUGUGGAAAAGACUUCAAGAUUAUUUCAUUACUGAAGAGACAUCUGAUAAGCCACACAGGGGAGAAGCCGUUUACAUGCAAUACAUGUGGGAAAGCUUUCACACGUAAUUGUAGCUUGAAAAGCCACAUGACAAUCCACACAGGGGAGAAGCCGUUUGCAUGCAAAACAUGUGGGAGACCUUUCAGAAAAAGGAGUUCCAUGGUAAUCCACAUGAAAAUCCACACAGGGGAGAAGAAGUUUGCAUGCAAAACAUGUGGGAGAGCUUUCAGAAAAUAUACUAACUUGAUAUGCCACAUGAGAACCCACACAGGUGAGACGCCAUAUUCUUGUAAAACAUGUGGAAAAUCUUUCCAAUAUAAUGGUCAAUUGACAGUCCACACGAGAACCCACACAGGCGAGGAGCCAUAUUCUUGUGAAACAUGUGGAAAAUGUUUCCGAUAUAAUAAUUUAUUGACAGCCCACAUGAGAAUCCACACAGGUGAGAAGCCAUUUACAUGCAAAACAUGUGGUAGAGCCUUCAGAGUUGGUAGUAAAUUGACAGCCCACAUGAGAACCCACACAGGUGAGAAGCCAUUUACAUGCAAAACAUGUGGUAGAGCUUUCAGAUCUAGAAUUGGCUUGACAGACCACAUGAGAAUCCACACAGGUGAGAAGCCGUUUACAUGCAAAACAUGUGGUAGAGUUUUCAGAUCUAGCAGUGGCUUGAGAAGCCACAUGAGAACGCACACAAGGGUAAAGCUGCAUUACUACAGCACACAGGUUCCAGAGAUUAAAGAGGAACAGAAGGAACGCUGCAUAAAUCAGGAACAUUUGUAAAUGGAUUGAUCAUUAAUUGUGGAUGUUUUCAGAAUGCAAUUGUAAUUCUUUACACUAAAAUAAAGGGAAACUGGUGCGAACUGCAGCUGAAUAAACAACUUCAGAUAAGGGAACAUUAUUCGCUCUCGUAGUGUGAUAACCAUCUGUUUUAUAGGCUAUGCAAUGUUGUUACAUUUAAGACUUGGAAAAAAAGAGCGAGGCAAAGUCUUUGUGUAAAUUUACUUGACAAUAAACCAAAUUGUGAAUUGAUUCUGA